CGCAAGGCCCAGGAUGAGCCCGAGGUAGACCACCCCCUUCUCAAUGUUCGAAUGGCCACCUGCACGACAUGCAACCAGAACACGCACGGCUACGAGAAGCACGCGCCAGAGGGCGUCAAGCAGCCACUGUGGUGGCCAAAAGGUGAAAAAUGCGCAAAGACAGGUCUACUGACUCCCAUGGGACAUGAGUGCGGCAAUUGCUUGUGCACCAGGAAGAGGUACUACCCGACGGACACCACCCAGGCCACCGUGAACGGUAUGAUCGAGGCUGGCGGCGAGGCGUCCGAGCGUCAUGAGCGGCUUCGCCAGGACAAGGCCUCAGGAGAGUGCAAGUACGUGAAGACCGAGGCCGCCAACACCAAAGUGAAGACCGUUAUCCAGAGUGAGCAGUUCAGCGAGGGGUUCGAGGAGGGCCACGCCAUCGAGCUCAAAUCCUUUGCGAGAGAACGAAACCUCUCCUUCCCUACUGAGCAGAUGCUGGUCGAUUACAUCACGGGUUCCUUGGGGAUGGAGGUAGAGAUGGGCAAGAAGGGCGUGCUUGUUGUCAACGUCCCCGACAUGCCGCAUGGGGUCUUGUGGAACAGGAAGUUCAAGUCCAGAGAUUACGAGAACGCGCUCACGAAGCUGGCGGCCAGGGCGACAAAGGUGGCAGCGAUCGCUGACGAUGUUGAGGCGGCGGAGACAGCAGAGAAGCUAUUCAAGUUGAGUGUGGAACUUACUACUCAGAAGAAAGCAAUCGACGCUUUCAGGCAGAAUCCGCAAGACUACGUGGAGAAGCUGGACUCAUUACCAUGCGACUUCAUCGACAUCUUCGGCAAGUGUUCUGAGACCGUUCGGGUCAACAUGCUAUCGGCGACUUCGUUCACUCUUUUGGGCCUUGGUGGUGAUGGUUGCGAGGUGAUGGCCUUGAAGGUGGCGAAGCUCAUGGAGGUCAAGGGCAUGUUCUCCGUGGGUGCCCUGAAGGCCAGCGGCUGCGACGAUCGCUUUGUGUCGAGCUGCCAACAGAAUCUCGUUCAGGGCUUCAUCGAUAAGGUGGUCAAGAAGAGGCGCGAGGACUUCGUCAAGAUCAUGUCGUGCUGCUCUGCUGUGAUUGGCAAGGUCAACUUGGCGGAGCUCGACCUGGACAACACCAUGAUCGACGAGACCACUGGGUGGAAUUCUCAAUGCGCUGCGGACUUGUACGCGCUGGAGUACUUCGGGAGGGUCUUGGCGCAAGACGCCGACGAUAGACUGCCCAGAGACCUUCGCAUCGAGGGCGUUGCACUCCGAUCCCGUGUGUCGAAGUUGAGCGCUCGCCUCCGUUGCCUCACUCGCGCGUCGGGUGGAUCGUCCAGCAUGGCUAAGAUCGCCUGGGAGAUGAUUCCUGACAUCGGGACGGGGGGCUCCUGCAGGCGUCUUGAUACUGAGGUCGUCGACGAGGAUACAGACAGCCAGCAAGCUGUUGAGUGCACCUUCGGCCUGCUCCAGGAGAUCGCGGGGUCAGAAUCGGUGAAGACGUUCGCCAAUUUCCUCAACGGCAUCGGCGACGAGAACGACAGCGAGAUCGAGCAGCUGAUCAAUUUGAGGGACGACUUGGUGAAGAACCUCUUCAGUGGCCUAUCUUUGAUCACGUUGUACUCUGGCGGGCUCCAGCAACUGGCGAGCACUAUCUACUGCGAUGGCAUUGGCAAUGGAGGCGCAAGCAAGGGAGCCUUAGAACAAAUGGACUCUGAUGCCGAUAUCUUCCGUGUACUUGCAUCUGUGGCGUCUACUUUGAUGAUGUUCGAGCUCUCUUCUGUCUACAGGGCCAUUGUGAAAGAAACCAAUGAUCGAUGCCUCCUCGCCGCGAAGGUGACCGAGACCAAGGUGAUGUCUGCGAAGAAGUGUGACGAGUCGAUUCUGACCCACUGGUCGGAGAUCUGGGAGGCAGAGGCGCCCAUCAAGAGCGCGACGAGGGUGCCCGACGACAAACAGAUAUCUUCUUUCCAGUUGAUAUGCGAUGUUCUUUCAGCUCUCUCGGCGGAGAACUUGAUCAUUUCAGUUGUGAAGGCGAUUGUUGGCUCACCUGGGUGCCAGCUUGUCACCCAGAACUUCAUUGCAGUAGUCAGCGAGCUCGUCGGUUGUUUACCUGCUCAAGUGAAGGUGCUGGUCGACUCGGCUAAGGCAUUCAAAACCAUCAGGCAGAGUGCAGAACAGCUGAUUGCGGGAAAGAGCAUCGGUUGCAUGCAGAGCACCGCGGCGUUGACCCUCAUCCAAUCGUUGGUCGAGCCAGUUUCUACCAUGGCCGAGAUCCCUGGCUGGAAGAGGGCGUUGAAGGAGGAGUGGGCCACCGCGUUCCAGGGCGUCGCGGGGCAGCUCGAUAUCAUCCAGGUAGAGGGCUUCAUCAAGAAGUACAGGGACGAGGAGAAGGUGAUUGACCUCGUCGACGCGUGGAGCUUCGAUGCAAACAUGUGGCUGGCAUCCAGCACCAGAGACGACAAGCGCACUGCAGAGUUCAAGCUGACCGAGUCCUACAUCAUCGGCCUCCCCCCAGCAGCUCGCGUUAUCGAGGAGCUGUCGAAGGUGGUGGGGUCCCUGCAGUGGAUCUCGGACGUGGAGAGCGCGUUGCUUCGCGCCCUGAUCGAGAAGCUUCCUGAGAUCAAGAUCUUGGUUCGCGAAGCAGCAGUGCUGAUGGCAACGAUGAUGUUGGCGAACAGCUUGCUGACCAAAAAAGCCGUGCCCACUACAAAGAAGUACGCCGCCGACAAGCUAUCGGUCAGGGUUGCCGACUUGCCGAACUCGUUGCAAGUGAAGCUCAACGACUUCGAAGCUGGCCUCGAGGAGGAGAACGGUGGCCCUCACGCUCACGCGGGCCCAGACAGUACCACGGGCUCGCCAACGGUCGAAUCCAAGUCGACCGAGGUGGCAUCAGCAGACAAGAGCUCGAAACCGUCGAAGCCACUUUUGAAGCUCAAGAUUGCGCCAGUCAGCGCGAAGUAG